CAUCAAAUUUAUUUUACUCCAACAUUAUGUUUCUUCAUACUUUUACUUUUAUUUUUGUAAUUGUUCAGAUGGUUAUACUAACACAAGCUAUUGAAAACAAAGCUGCUGAUGUUUGUAACGCUGACCAAUUCGCCCACAAUCCCUGUCGUUGUUGUAAAAUGGAUUGCUGGUACAGCAUUGCUAAGGGUGCCACGCAUGAACUCGGGCAUAUGCCUGGACAAGCAGGAGAACAGGAAGCAUUAGCCACUCUACGGCUUAUCCGCGCUUGUAUGAUUACAGAGUGCUCUCCAAUUUGUGGCACCCCAGGUUUAAUGGGGAUGAUGAAAAAACGUCGAAGAUUUCCAACACCUUUUGUAGUAGAAAAAGAAGGGGCGAUUGUUCCUUUACAAGUGAGAUAA